AUGGCCAAUGGGCACUUAAUAAAUGGCAGCGAGUCAAUACUGCGACAUCGACGGCAGGAAUCUCGAACAAGGCUGCGGUCAAGCCUGGAACCCAAACUAGAGGAUGCCAUAUCCCCAGCUGAUUCUCUGCAAAUUAGUUUAGAAGCUAGCAGUGGGUCCCAAAAGUCUCGAAAGAAGGUGCUGAACCAUAUUCGUACGGGCAGACCCCGCUUGUACUGUUCUAAGACAAUACGCCAUGACGAGCUGCAGUUCACUGUUCAGAUCAAAUUCAAUGUGCGCAACCGCCUUGUUAAGAGAUUGUUAGGCUAUGACUACAGCAUGCAUCAAAGGUCGCCCUCCAUAGAAGUUGAGGAGAUUGACGACACAAAACGUAGCCGGCGGGCCCGUGCUAGCACAAAUACUCCGGGCUCUGUUGUAUCUUCAGAUGUGUCCCGAUCAUCGAGCCGAAGCGGUUCGAAAAAGCGAGAGCGUAGUACUCUGCGGAUAUCCAAGGUCUUUAGACCAGAUUUACGCAACACUGAACUCGACGUAGAAUUGAGCGGGCCCAGUUUCGAUCAAAAACCUCCGAGUUCCGAGCCACCACUACCAUACUAUGGAGUGCUUCCCUUCCCAGAUUGUAUCAUAAAUGAUACUGACCCGACUGCUAUAGAUAGACAGAUAUUCAAUGGGUUCAUGACUUUGGGCUCUAAAAGACAGCGUGAGUCGCAAGAAAGAGAUAUCUCGUCCAAAGAAAUGGAAAGGUCAGCGUCGGCAACUCCGAUCCCGCAAAAUGCAUCUCUGUACUUCAAGCGCUCAAAAAUUGAGCACAUUUGUUUCCGCGAUCACUUGCUUGAUACUUGGUAUUCAUCACCAUACCCGGAGGAAUUCUCGAAGAAUAAAAUUUUGUACAUGUGCGAGUUUUGUUUGAAGUAUAUGAGUUCUCCGAAAUCUUUUGAGCGUCACCAAAUGAAAGUAUGCGGCGCAGCUAAUAAUCACCCACCUGGAGUGGAAAUAUAUCGAGACGCAAAUGCAAAAUUGGCGUUCUGGGAAGUCGAUGGACGCAAAAACAUCGAGUAUUGUCAGAAUCUAUGCCUUCUAGCAAAAUUGUUUCUCAAUUCCAAAACUUUAUACUAUGAUGUGGAGCCGUUUGUAUUCUAUGUCUUGACAGAGAUAGAUGAGCAGGACUCGUCUAUUUAUCAUUUCGUGGGUUAUUUUUCCAAGGAGAAGCUCAAUAACUCUGACUACAACGUAUCUUGUAUCCUUACCCUUCCGCUAUAUCAACGAAAAGGUUACGGUCAUUUGAUGAUUGACUUCAGCUACUUGUUGUCUAGGAAAGAGUUUAAAUAUGGCACUCCAGAAAAACCGCUUAGUGACUUAGGUUUGGUCAGCUAUCGAAAUUAUUGGAGAAUAGCAAUCGCGCAUGCUCUCCAAAAACUUUCUGAGGAUAUUAUGACCAAUGCAAACUCUCAAUACUACAUUUCGCUUGAAAUCGUAUCUAAGAUGACCGGUAUCAAACCUUCGGAUGUCGUUGUGGGAUUAGAACAAUUAGAAGCUCUCAUUCGAAACAAGCAAACCUAUGAAUAUGCAAUCGUUAUUGAUAAAAAGAAAGUGAACGAGAUCGUUGACUCGUGGAACUCUCGAGGAUAUUAUGCAUUAAAGCCUGAGCUUUGCAUAUGGAAGCCCUUAAUUUACGGACCCUCUGGUGGCAUCAACUCGGUUCCGAACAUAGCGCCAUCACAAAAUAAUCAAUUGGCAUUUCCUAUAAGCAAUACCAUCUCGAUGAUUUCGGACUUUCUUCAGGAUGACAUCAACAAUCCAUACACUUACGAUGAAGAGGCUGUCAAGGAGAUACAGAAUCUCGAGGAACAUUCAAAGAGUUCUGGAGUAGCACCUAAAAAGUUUGUCCCGCAAGAUUAUGUUGUCUGUCAUCCAGAUCACGCCAACGGAAAACCCAUUAAAAUCAUCAAGCAAACAGAGGAAAUUAGGAUUGCGGAGCUGGAUGCUGAGCUUGAAAGUGAAGCAUCGGGAGAAAACCUCAAUUUCGACGAAGAUUUCGAAGCAGAUGAGGUUCCCUCUGAUGAUGAGGACGAUGUUGGCAAUUACGACGAAGACGACGAAGCUGGAGACAACGAUGAUGGCGAAGCUGAAGUUGUUGAAGAUGAAGAUGAGGACAGCGAUGAUGCAGAAGACGCAGAAGACGAUAGAGAUGAGAAGGAUAACAAGGCAAGAAUUAGUUCAGGCUCCCGAACAAGAGGAGAUAGAGAAGAGGAAGAGGAAGAAGAAGAGGAAAACGAUAGUGGUGCUGGAACUGAAGAUGAGCUGACAUUAGCUGGCUCAGAUAAAGAGUCUUCAAGCGAGAAGGAACUAGAAUCUGAUCAUGAAAAUUAUGGGAACACAAAAAUGGACUCUUCUUCGCCUAGAAAAAAUGAAAAUGAAUCAAGAAACUCUAGUGAGUACGGUGACCUGGAUGAGGGUAGCAGCGAUGAGGAUGAGGAUGUUGAUCCGAAUGAGCGUGACAACAGUCCGGUUCUCAAGAGGAAUAGUCGAGACUCUAUUCUAAGAAAGUCCAGUCGGACCAAGGCUACGAGCCUGCCUCCAUACCAACGGUCUCUCAGAUCGAACGAUUCUUCAAAAAGUGAAACCAGUAAACUGCUCCUCCGGAGAUCAUCCCGGAGAAGCUAG